AUGUCAGUGUGUCGACAUUGGAGAAGCAUCGUCAUCACAUGCCCGACGUUAUGGAACAGAGUCCAUCAUCACAACCCCGUGCAGUACCAACUCUUCCUCGAACGUUCUGAGUCUACGUCCCUUUACCUCCAUCUGCGCUCCGAUACGCUCCCUAACAAGUCAAGCUUGGGGCUGUACCAGGUGCUUGCCACCCAUGCUUCUCGACUACGCCACCUGUAUCUCGAAGACACAAACGAGUUGUUGGACGUCAAAGAGCUCUUAUCUAUUAAAGUCCCCCGGCUACAGUGUCUC